AUGACAACAACAACAACCUCACCAUCUCCACCAGAGGCACAAAAAAUGCCUUCCCCUCCCCCCAAAAAACAAACCCUCCUUGUACCCUCCAAACGCCCUUUACACCCUCCCACUAAAUCAAAGCCAACCGUGAUAAACCCCAGCUCCGUCCCCGCCGACAUCCAACUUUCAUCUUCACGAGAAACCCCUAGCAACGCAGGAAUCAAGACUGUCGAGGUUGACCUUUCAAAAGCACCGCAGCCAUUUCUGGAUCCGGAUGUUUGGGAGAAGAUGCGGGGUUUGGGUCGUGGGGAGGGCGAGGGUGAGGGGGAAGGAAGGAUGAGAGGGCAGGAGGAGUUUGGGGAGAUGGCUGUUAAGGGGAGGAAGGCGGUUCGGAAGAUGAGGUGA